GGUGGGGAGCAGGGUUCACCCUCCAGCUGCAGUGGGGCCAGGGGUUGGCUGGGUCGGGGAGGUGUGUCGGGGGGAGGUGGUGGUGGAGGGGGUACCAUCCUGCCGGCACGGCCCCUGCCAAGCACAACAUUCCUAACAGUAGUGGGAUUGUGUGGCCGGUGUUUUCUCUGUCCCUCUGAGGAGAGGAUGGAGGAGAGGGCCUCUCACCUGCAUGGCAGGCUGGUGGCCAUUUUGGUUCCUGAAAGAGCCAAGGAGGAGAGCGGCUGCCCAGGGCUCAGGCCAAGCUGGCACUGGCAUCACAGCUGGAUCAGGGUCAUGGGCGUUGGUUGGCAAUUUCACUGACAGGUUUAGUCUAGAACCCAAAACCGCAGCUUCACCAAUAAAAGUUGCUUUAAAAGGUGCACGAUAGACCACACAGAAUGAGUUGAAGAUCAUAUCCGUGGUGACUUGUUUUUCCAAGCUUGCACUCCAUUCAGUAAAGUUGUAGGCACAUUUUUUCUGGUACUGUGGUGCACCAAAGUAUGUCUUUCAAGAUUAUAAUUUUUUUCACUCACUGUUCUUUCUCCUUUCUCUCUCGUGUUUUGAAAACGUGUCUCCUCGUUUUUUGGCUUGGUCUUUUUGGGUAGCUACGACCUGUUGGGGGUUUGUCUCGGAACUGGACUAAGGUCGGAGAUGGUGGUUCCUCUGCAGAAGGGAUUUUGGAGGUAAUUGUGCACAUGCAGGUUGGGAUCCCUAUUAAGACAGAGAGUAGAUGGGGGAAAUGAUAAGGGUCUUUAGUUAGAGGAGGAGAACGUGCGUAUGUGUGUGUGUGUGUUGACCUGGUUGGAGGCCAAGCAGAUAGAUCCAGAUGAAUCUCCAGAGAUCCUGCCAGAAAUGUCUGACUUACUGGGGUUUUCACUUGAACGUUUCAAGCUGACAUUUAGGCUAGACUCGCUCCAGAAAAGAGAAAAGUGGGCAUUGGGAAGCAAAGGAAAUGUGCAGAUUGUCCUGGAAGUGCGAUGCUCAUAUGGACUCUAUCUACAUACUCAUGUCUUUGUUUUAAUUAUUUAUCCCCCCCCCCCCCCCUUCCCUCCAUAUCUCUGUCUUGUCUCAGCUGAUGGGCUACAACGAGAAGCCUGUCAACCUACAGAUGUUCAUCGGCACGGCAGACGACCGCUACCUCAGACCUCACGCCUUCUACCAGAUGCAUCGGAUUACUGGGAAAACGGUGGCCACUGCCAGCCAGGAGAUCAUCAUCUCCAGCACCAAAGUUCUCGAAAUUCCUCUGCUUCCCGAAAACAAUAUGUCCGCCAGGUGGGUGUCAUGGUCGCUCAAGGAUGACAUUACUCAGAGGAAGACCCUGAGAGUGUAAAAAUAACAGUUCAUGCAGGAUCGUAAUAUCCAGACAUACAUACAUACAUACAUACAUACAUACACACACACACACACACACACACACACACACACACACACACACACACACACACACACACACACACAUACAUACAUACAUACAUACAUACAUACAUACAUACAUACAUAUACAUACAUACAUACGCUAGGGAUUUUAUUAGUCUUAAUUCAAACCAACAGGAGGGUUAAGUUCAGCAGGAAAAUGAGAAUUUCCCACCAAGCAGAAUAUGCUUCUAAUACACUUUAUUUCCAUAUUUAUGGAUUUAAAUUGACCACAGUAUAUAUUUAGGCUUUUAUUUCGAAGGCUCUGGAUUUUCAUUUAUAAUCUGAAUUCCGAGCUUUUUUGUCUUAGAUUUGAUGUUUCCCCUCAUAGCUGUAGCAUUAAUAAAUCAUAUUUACUGCUGUCACGCUCUGGUUCCGGGACUUGGUAUUUUAGCCAGAGUGUGUUAAGUAUUGUUGUGUUUGGGUUGGUUGGGUGGUUAUUGGUUGUUUCUGUGUUUGGUUGAGUGACUCCCAAUCAGUGGUAACGAGUGUCAGCUGUCGGCUCGUUAUCUCUGAUUGGGAGCCAUAUUUAAACUGUCAUUGUUCACCUUGGGGUUGUGGGUUUUUGUUCAUUGUUCAGUAGUUGUCACUGAGGACUUCACGAUCGUGGUUUGUUUUGUAUUCUCGUGUGGAAUUAUUAAAGUCAAGAUGUUCACUCCCAACGCUGCGCUUUGGUCAUACUUCUUAGGAGAUCGUGACAGAAAAACCCACCACAACGAGACCAAGCAGCGUUUCCAGGAGCUGGAUGACGAGUGGUGGAGACAGAAGAGCGAAGGUUGGGAGAGGACUAUAGAGGCCUGGUCGACCGAGAGGAGAGACCCCCAGAAAAUUUUUAGGGGGGGGCUCACGACGUCGGGGCAGAAGGUGUACGGCCCGGAGGAGUGCAAGAGGUUGGCAGAUAUGGCCGCCAGUUUAAGGGGGCCACUGGUUACGAAGGGGAUGGAAAGUGUGGAGGCACGGCGAGAGGUACUGGGGUGUGUUUCCAGUCCGGUCCGGCCCGUUCCUGAUCCCCGUGUAGGGCCAGGGGUGUGUGUCCCCAGUGCGGUUCUGUCUGUUCCUGUUCCUCGCAUUGAACCUACGGUGCGCGUCGCCAGCCCGACUCGGCCCGUUCCUGCUCCCCGCACCAAGUCUGUGGUGCGUUUCGCCAGCCCAGCCCGGCAUGUCCCUGCUCAACGCACCAAGCCUACGGGGUGCGUCGCCAGCCCAGCUCGGCCUGUUCCUGCGCCCCGCACCAAGUCUGUGGUGCGUUUCGCCAGCCCAGCCCGGCCUGUUCCUGCGCCCCGCACCAAGCCUACGGGGUGCGUCGCCAGCCCAGCCCGGCCUGUCUCUGCUCUACGCACCAAGACUACGGUGUGCGUCGUCGGCCCAACUCGGACUGUUCCUGCCACUCGCACCAGGCUAAGGGGGCGAGUCGUCAACCUGGUUCAGCCUAUUCCUGCUACUCGCACCAAGCCAGGGAGGCGAGUCGUCAACCUGAGGAGGUCCGUUCCGGCUCCACGUACCAAGCCGAGGGUGCGUAUCGUCGGCCAGGUCCGGUCCAUCCCUGUCUCACGCGCCAAGCUAGGGGUGCGCGUCAUCAGUUUGGAUCCAGCCAGCUGGGUUGGAUUGGACCGGGGCCAUUACGGGGGGAGUUAUGUAGGGUGGUGGUCAAGCCCGGAGCCGGAGCCGCCUCCGAGGAGCAACACCCACCCAGCCCUCCCCUAUUUGGGGUUUUGAGGCGCGGUCGCAGUCCGCGCCUUUAGGGGGGGGUACUGUCACGCUCUGGUUCCGGGACUUGGUAUUUUAGCCAGAGUGUGUUAAGUAUUGUUGUGUUUGGGUUGGUUGGGUGGUUAUUGGUUGUUUCUGUGUUUGGUUGAGUGACUCCCAAUCAGUGGUAACGAGUGUCAGCUGUCGGCUCGUUAUCUCUGAUUGGGAGCCAUAUUUAAAAUGUCAUUGUUCACCUUGGGGUUGUGGGUUUUUGUUCAUUGUUCAUUAGUUGUCACUGAGGACUUCACGAUCGUGGUUUGUUUUGUAUUCUCGUGUGGAAUUAUUAAAGUCAAGAUGUUCACUCCCAACGCUGCGCUUUGGUCAUACUUCUUAGGAGAUCGUGACAACUGCAUUUGCACUUUGUAAUUUGACUCAGAUGUAUAUUAUUUUCACAAUAUGAUGGCGAAGGUUUGUUAUGGCAUUAAUUCAGCCUUCCAUUCAGCCUAAUUAAUGUCUUCAUUGAUACCCAAUCGGGGGUGUGUUGCUUAGCUCCCCUCCCUAUCUCUCUUGCAGUAUUGACUGUGCUGGCAUCCUGAAGCUGCGGAACUCGGGCAUUGAGCUGCGGAAGGGGAACGGAUAUUGGCGGAAGAACACGCGUGUGCGAGUGGUGUUUCGUGUUCACAUCCCCCAGACCAAUGGGAAGGUUCUCUCUCUACAGGCUGCAUCCAUCCCCGUAGAGUGUUGUGAGUGUCCAGAUCCUGUUCAGAUGCGCACACACACACAUACACACACACACCAGCCCUUUCUCUCCUCACUCACUCAUCUCUCUUUUCUCUGUCUCUUUCUAUCUUUCUCAUAUGUACAUUGCUGCCUAUGUAAACCCCUCUCCUCUGCUCUCCUCUAUCCUCCCAGCCCAGCGUUCGGCCCCGGAGCUUCCCCAGGGAGAGAAGGCCGUCUGAACUCUCUGGUCCGGGAAGGGGAUAUCAUCACAGGAUCCAACUUUUCCGAAUCAAAGUCAUAUCGGAGAAAGGGCCCUGUAAAGAUUUUCUCCUUUCUCUCUCGUGUUUUGAAAACGUGUCCCUCUUUUGGCUUGGCUUUGGUAGCUACGACCUGUUGGGGGUUUGUCUCGGAACUGGACUAAGGUCGGAGAUGGUGGUUCCUCUGCAGAAGGGAUUUUGGAGGUAAUUGUGCACAUGCAGGUUGGGAUCCCUAUUAAGACAGAGAGUAGAUGGGGGGAAAUGAUAAGGGUCUUUAGUUAGAGGAGGAGAACGUGCGUGUGUGUGUGUGUGUUGACCUGGUUGGAGGCCAAGCAGAUAGAUCCAGAUGAAUCUCCAGAGAUCCUGCCAGAAAUGUCUGACUUACUGGGGUUUUCACUUGAACGUUUCAAGCUGACAUUUAGGCUAGACUCGCUCCAGAAAAGAGAAAAGUGGGCAUUGGGAAGCAAAGGAAAUGUGCAGAUUGUCCUGGAAGUGCGAUGCUCAUAUGGACUCUAUCUACAUACUCAUGUCUUUGUUUUAAUUAUUUAUCCCCCCCCCCCCCCCCUUCCCUCCAUAUCUCUGUCUUGUCUCAGCUGAUGGGCUACAACGAGAAGCCUGUCAACCUACAGAUGUUCAUCGGCACGGCAGACGACCGCUACCUCAGACCCACGCCUUCUACCAGAUGCAUCGAGUACUGGGAAAACGGUGGCACUGCCAGCCAGGAGAUAAUCAUCUCCAGCACAAAGUUCUCGAAAUUCCUUUCUGAUUCCCGGAAAACAAUAUGUCCGCCAGGUGGGUGUCAUGGUCGCUCAAGGAGGACUACUCAGAGGAGGAAAGACCCUGAGAGGGUAAAAUAAACAGUUAAUGCAGGAUAGUAAUAUCCAGACAAUAACAUACCUCCUACAUACAUACAUACACCAAACACACACACACACACACACCCACACACACACACACACCACACAAACACACACUACACACACACAACACACACACACACACACACACAAACACACACACACACACACACCACAAACACCACACACAAAAACACACACCACAGACACACACCACACAGACAUCAUACAUACAUACAUACAUACAUACAUACAUACAUUACACACACACACGCUAGGGAUUUUAUUAGUCUUAUUUAAACCCACAGGAGGGGGUCAGUGGAUAGCAGGAAAAUGAGAAUUCCCAACGCAAGCAGAAUAUGCUUCUAAUACACUUUAUUUCCAUAUUUAUGGAUUUACAUUGACCACAGUAUAUAUUUAGGCUUUUAUUUCGAAGGCUCUGGUUUUUCAUUUAUAAUCUGAAUUCCGAGCUGUUUUGUCUUAGAUUUGAUGUUUCCCCUCAUAGCUGUAGCAUUAAUAAAUCAUAUUUACUGCAUUUGCACUUUGUAAUUUGACUCAGAUGUAUAUUAUUUUCACAAUAUGAUGGCAAAGGUUUAUUAUGGCAUUCAUUCAGCCUUCCAUUCAGCCUAAUUAAUUUCUUCAUUGAUACCCAAUCGGGGGUGUGUUGCUUAGCUCCCCUCCCUAUCUCUCUUGCAGUAUUGACUGUGCUGGCAUCCUGAAGCUGCGGAACUCGGACAUUGAGCUGCGGAAGGGGGAGACGGAUAUUGGGCGGAAGAACACGCGUGUGCGAGUGGUGUUUCGUGUUCACAUCCCCCAGACCAAUGGGAAGGUUCUCUCUCUACAGGCUGCAUCCAUCCCCGUAGAGUGUUGUGAGUCUCUCUGCUCUCCUCUUUCCUCCCAGCCCAGCGUUCGGCCCAGGAGCUUCCCCAGGUAGAGAAGGCCAGUCUGACCAGCUCUCUGGUCAGCGGGGGAGAGGAGAUAGUCAUCACAGGAUCCAACUUCUUCCCCGAAUCAAAGGUCAUAUUCCUGGAGAAGGGCCCUGGUAAGAGAUUUGUACACACAGCGUCUCACACACGGGGGAAGUCCUUGGGGACAUCCUUGCUGAGGAUUGUGAUUGUUUUUCUUGAUUAUUUGUAUUAUAUUGUAUUUUACUUUAUUUAGUAUAUUGUGUAUACAGUAUGCAGGGCUCCCUUGUAAAAGAGACGUUGGUCUCGAUGGUGUCUCCCUGUUAAAAUAAAAGUAAAAUAAAUAAGAUAAAUAAAUAUUGCUGACCCACAAGCUGACUCAUAAUUCACAUUGUCGAACAGUCCAAAGGAUCAGGACAGAUUAUUUUUUAUAUUGUCCUCUUGCCACAAUGGUCUUAUAUCAGAUAUAUAAUACUGUUUAGUUAAUCCAAAUUAAACAGCUCAAAGAAUAUCCACAGUAGCAAAUACUCUGUAGUUUGGAUCCAGUGAGUUGACCCAAGAUCUGUGUUGAUUUGGGUACUGUAGCUCCAUGUUAACGUAACCAUUGUUGGGUAGAGAACAACGGGAGUGUAAGGAAGGACCCUUCUCAACAUGCUCUGGAUAGAACGUCACCAUCACCAAUCACCUCUUGCAACUUAGAGUUCAAACAGGUUCCAAUAGCUGAUUUACUGACAGCGGAGGAAGAGUCAGACCCAACUAGAUAGAAACACCUGGGAAAAGAACAGUCACAUGCCUCCUACAGCCCUGGGGAGCGUUCCACACCAUGCUGCUAUCCCGCCCACUAGCACUGCUCUACUAUUUAAAGCACCUCUCUUUUUCUGUCAUCCAUGGAAUGUUACUACUGAGUUAUGUGUUACAAUACACACAUAGCUCAAGAGCAAGAGCCACUAAUAACGGAUCUCUAUCUCUUUUCUGAUUGUAUCUGUCCGUCCCAAGAGAUAGAUAGGUAGCGUAUCUGGCUGCUGCUACUGACUGAAACACAGGUCAUCACACACCCACACAGUACAAUCUACUGCUUACACCUGGCUCUUCAGUCUCUAGUCUUUAUCAGUGUUAAUAUGUAGCCCUGCCCUGUUCAGUGUUGUAACUUAAGAAGAGAGAGUCUCUCUGAGUGUGGUCGGUCCUUCUACUCAUACUGGACCUCUUCACUAAUCGCUUGGGUUGAACUUAACUUAUAACAACCCACUGUUUAGCCUCUCUCCCUCCUCUAACUCUCUCAAUAAUAAAACACAAGGAUGGGCGGGUUCCAGGAUGGAAACUGUGAAAGGGUGACAGCAUUCUGUGAACCAGUCCCUGCCUGCCCAUGUAGCUUUGUGAAAGAGGCCAAACUGAAUCAAGUUCAAACACGGAGGAGAGUCAAGGGUGCUGUUACUUACUGACUAAGAUACAUUAUUUUGAGAAAUUGAGUGGAAACCUUUACCCUAGGAGUGGAAACCUUUACCCUAGGAGUGGAGAGUUUAACCUAGGAGUGGAGUGGAGGAAACUUGGGCCCCGCAAACAUGAUGUGUGUGUGUUUUGAGGUUGAAAGAGAGAGAUAAUGAAUGAUCUGGUUUGUAUAAAUUGUCCCUCAUCACGGCUAAUCCAGCCGCUUAUUGCAGACCAUGCCUGAUUGGAGGGAGCGGAUGGAGGGAUGGAAUAAAGACAGGAGAGGAAGAGAGUAGAAAUGACAGAGUUUUCCACCUCCUCCUUCCAUAAACAGAGUACAACAGUGGAAUCACGUUGAGUGUAAAAUACAGGUUUAUUGUGGUUAGUUAGUUAAUGCAUAGUCAGUGUUUCCCCUAGGAUUAUUUUCAGCAAUGGUGGCAGAGUUGGGGGGGAUGGGGUCUAGCGGGAGCUGGGUCUUCCUGCGGGGGGGUAGGGUGGGGUCUUCCUGGGGCAUAUAUAAAAAUAAAUGCAGUGGAAGCGCCGCUGCUAAAUGCACAUAAGAGGAGGGGAGGGUUCGGUAACAGGGAUCCCUAGCUCCAGGCACCAGUUCAUAAGAAGUACUACAUUACUGUUUAUGGAAUCUCUACUGGCCUCUUUACUGGACUCUCUUCUUGACUUGUUAUAUUCCCAUUUUUAAAGAUGAUAAAAGUCACUUUGAAUAGAAAAGUUUGCAAAAUUACCAUAUUGUUUUUAUUACAAGCAGUAAUGGAGGUAUUUUAGUGAGUUGGUUGACUGUUAGUUAGGUCAAUGGACUUGACUGCACUGCAGUGAGGAUAGGGGAGGAGGGGGAGAGGUAGUUGAGGUGAGGAAGGGGAAGUUAGCCAUGAGGAUGCAGGCAGGCUAGCUACAGCAGGUCUGUCAGUGUGAGGUCUGGUCUUUGGCUCGCUCGCUCAUCACCUCUUAAUGCUAGGAAAAGCAGAAAGGGCCUUUCCAUCUGUCCAGAUGAAACAGGAUAAUAUCCAAUGGCUUCAUGCUGACUUCUAUCACUUUAUUACCUGCUCGGAGGGAGGGAAGUAUGGCUCAGAGGAAGGGGAAUAUGAAAAAUGCAUUAUUAUUCUGAGGGAAAAAACAUAUUAUUUGACCAGAGUGAACCUCAUCAAACAGAGAAAAAGGGUCCCUAGUUGGACUGACUGACUGCCUGACUGACUCUACUGGCUGACUGACUCUACUGACUCUACUGGUUGACUGACUCUACUGACUGACUGACUCUACUGAUUCUACUGGCUGGCUGACUCUACUGACUAUACUGAAUGACUGACUCUUCUGAUUCUACUGGCUAACUGACUCUACUGGCUGACUGACUCUACUGACUAUACUGAAUGACUGACUCUUCUGAUUCUACUGGCUAACUGACUAUACUGACUGACUGACUCUACUGACUCUACUGAAUGACUGACUGACUCUGCUGAUUCUACUGGCUAACUGACUACUGACUCUACUCUGACUGAUUCUACUUGACUCUACUGACUAUACUGACUGUACUGACUCUACUGAUUCUACUGGCUGUCUGACUCUACUGACUACUGACUAUACUGACUGACUGACUCUACUGAUUCUACUGGCUGUCUGACUCUACUGACUAUACUGACUGACUGACUCUACUGAUUCUACUUGACUAUACUGACUGACUACUGAUUCUACUGACUGACUGACUCUACUCUGAUUCUACUGACUGGUCUGACUCUACUGACUAUACUGACUGACUGACUCUACUGAUUCUACUGGCUGUCUGACUCUACUGACUAUACUGACUGACUGACUCUACUGAUUCUACUUGACUAUACUGACUGACUACUGAUUCUACUGGCUGUCUGACUAUACUGACUGACUGACUAUACUGGCUGACUGACUACUGACUGGCUGAAUACUGACUAUACCGACUGACUGACUCUACUGAUUCUACUGGCUGACGACUCUAUACUGACAUUAUACUGACUGACUGACUCUACUGAUUCUACUGGCUGUCUGACUCUACUGACUAUACUGACUGACUGACUCUACUGAUUCUACUUGACUCUACUGACUAUACUGACUGACUCUACUGAUUCUACUGGCUGUCUGACUCUACUGACUACUGACUGACUGACUCUGACUAUACUGACUGACUCUACUGAUUCUACUGGCUGACUGACUCUACUGACUAUACUGACUGACUCUACUGAUUCUACUGACUGACUGACUCUACUGACUCUACUGACUGACUGACUAUACUGACUGACUGACUCUACUGACUAUACUGACUGACUGACUCUACUGACUAUACUGACUGACUGACUGGCUGACUGACUAACUGGCUGACUGACUCUACUGACUGACUGACUCUACUGGCUGACUGACUCUACUGGCUGACUGACUCGACUGGCUGACUGACUCGACUGGCUGACUGACUCGACUGACUGACUGACUCGACUGACUGACUGACUGACUCUAAUGUAGGGCCUUGAUGAGGGCAGAAGUUUACACAAGGGGAGUGGAGAAUGACGUUUAAAAAAAAACAGUGGUUGAAUUGAAAUUGCAUUUAACACACCAGGCAUCAGUGUUUUUCCUUUCUUCUAUACAAAAGGUCUAAAAGCUAUAGUUAUUAUAGCUGUCUGACUAGCUUAGCCCUCGUUGUUUUGGUAGAUAUCAUAACACAUGGAUGUGUGUUUUUAGCUCUCUGAGAGGGGAGCAUAUAGAACAUGUUUUCUCUCGGAGAGAGGGGUGGAUGGAUGUGUGUUUUCAGGUGGGGGGUGCGAUAUGAGGUUCCUGUUGGAGCUUGUUUUGUGCUGGGCGGAGGACGGUGGCAGUACAUGUGGGGCCCUCUACCUCCUCUCUCCUGCCUAUUGAAUGUCAACAUGUGCUGCAGAAAUACACUCAGUGUGCUGUAUGCUGAAGUCAGACAGAGCUAAGGCACCCAAGGUCAUUAUUCAGUCAUUACCAGAAAGCUGUCUGACUCAGAUGGCUAGAGGAGUAGCUAGAGCCCUUACACCAAAAGAGAGGGAACCUCCCAAUAGAGAUACAAUAGCCUAGAGUGGUUUAUGUCAUAAACCUGUUCUGUUUCCUUCUGUGGGACGGUGGAACCUCCACUGAGCUCUAUGGAAGAGUCUAAUGCACCACAGGAUUACUGGGACAAAGACUGUCAUCUGCCUCUGUUAGGAUGAGAUCAGGGGCAUUUCUAAGCCUUCCUAACUAAAGUAGUAUGUUAUCAGUUAAGAGGAGAUCAGAGUAGGGCCAUCUACUAUAGAUGGCCAUUAGAAGGGGAAGCCUUUGGAAAGAAAAGCAGAAUACUGUAGAUGUACAGGACUUAGCCUAUAACUACAGUACAGCUAUAAGAUCCCAUUGUAUAGAUGGGGAGUCUUUCAGCAGGCAUUAGGGCAGAUCGGUUUUGGGGAAGCCCUUUGGUUAAGUGGAGAAGUAACACAGGUGCAGUCAGAUGUAAUCAGGCCCAUAUUGUGAACAGCAUGAAACAGCCCCAUUUGCAAUUGCAAGUUAGUGUGGCAUCAUGCCAUUUAAAAAAAGGUGUAGCUACUUACUACUGUAAGUGACAGCAGUAGUUGUGCAGUAGUAGCUGAAAAUAUCUCUUUAUAUAGUAGUUGUGAUGAUCGUGACUUCUCCUGAACCGCAGCACCAGCCCAGCAGCCCGUUAUAAUUCUCUCAACUGCUUUUCUGAAUGGCUGGAUGCCUAAGAUGUCUGGCCAGAUCAUUAGAUCUGUAGUAGGAAAACUGGAAAAUAAGGGGAUGUUUCCUUUCCUAAGCCAGCCAGAACUCUGGCAGCACAACGCAGCCCAGCACGUGGUGGACCAACCGACGGAGGGAGGGAGGGGUUUUUAAAUAAAUAGACAGUUAUUCCACUCUUCUCUCCAUAAUGUUAACCAGGCAAGACAAUCAGCAGGAUAUUUAGACUUUGAUUACUUUUUAAUAGCUGUAAAAAUACUCUCCACAGGGUUUCUGUGUCCAUAAAGAUGACAUCAUUGAGAUGUUUCAGGUCCCCCAGCCAGAACCAAUUGAAAUCCCUCUGCUUUCCGAAGAUUUUCUGUGGUUCAUAUUAAGCCAUGUCUGCUGGGGCAGAGAGAGUCAUACACUGACAUGAUGAUCAUUAGGAAAAUAGACAGUACCCCAAAAGAUAACUUCCAAAAUAUUACACAAGACUUAAAGAUGGGUCUGAAAAAUAAUGCAAUGAUCAUAGAUCUUCCUCAUAAUUAGGUUGUGUGGCCGGGGUGUAUUGCAUGUUACGUGCAUUUAGCUACCUGACUUAUUCAGCUUUUUUCAACUCAACAUUACUGUAUGAUCUUUAGAUUUGAUGGUCUUGGUUUUAUAAACUAUUUGACAGAUACUAUAAUUCACUUCCUCCCAGAUUCACAUUGAUAUAGGAAUUAGUCCAAAAGCUGGCAAUUCAAUUAGGGGAGGAUUUGAUGGAGUCCUUUGUGUCACAUUUGUCUGUUGACUCCAUCUGUUUUGUGGAGGAGUAGCAGGAUGAGGAGGAGGGGGGUUGACUCUUUGCUGAAUCCCUAUGGGUGCCAUUCUGCUAUUAAUUCACACAUUAUUUGAAAAGCAGACAAAGAGCCGAAUGCAUUGUCUCUCGCCAGGCCCAGACUGGAGUGGGAAUGCUGUGAUCUUGCUGUCUGUCACAAUGGAGUCCUACAAUGUGUUCUACUCAUCUAUCAUGUCUUCUCCCUCUUUUUUUCUCUUUUAGAUGGAAGACCACAGUGGGAAGUGGAGGCGAAAAUCAUCCGGGAGAAAAGUCAAGGAGUAAGUAGAACAUAUGCUUUCUACACGUCUCUGUAGCUUAGCUGUCAUAUAAAGGCAAUAUUUUUUACAGCUGUUAGAUUUAUGUAACAUUAUGAAUUAAUUAUUACUAAAGUAUCCUGACCUAAUGUGAAUGUCUGUGAAAAGUGGAAACGUUGACUGUGUUGGUUCCUUCUCCCAGUCGAACAUCGUGGUUGAGGUCCCUCCCUACCACAGUAAGACCGUGACCUCGGCUGUUCAGGUGCAGUUCUACGUGUGCAACGGGAAACGGAAAAGGAGCCAAUCACAACGCUUCACUUACCUGUCAGGUAGGAGGAUCUACAUUCUACACAAAUCAUAGUGCUUGAAUUGCAAGUAUUUAGAAUCACUGGUGGUUGUGUUCCAACCCAUCUUAAACACGGUCACACUGUACAGAUUACUAGAUCUGGCAACACUUGGUGUUAAGCUAACAUCUCAUGAACCACAUUUAUAUGAUAUAGCAAUUUUGUCAUGUGUGGCAGUGUUCUAAAGACUUACUGGAACACAAUCAUGUGCAGUCACGUUUAAACCUCCAGUUGCUUCUCACUCCUCUGUUGGCCUCUCAGGGUGAUUGACAGAAAGCAGAAUCAGCCAUGGAAAGCAGCAACACACACACAUACACUGCCGAGGCUCCUGUUGUUUUGGAGAGCUUUGAACUUUCCCUCCCAGUUUGCAUAGCUGUGGUUAAAGAAGGGGCACCUCCACUAGCAGUUCCAGUUACAUGUGCACCUGCCAACCGUUCAUGUAAAGCACCAUUCAACUCUAUUGCUGACUGUUUCUGAUGUGAAUUUGCAUUGACGUUUUAGUAUGCAAAUCUCUCUGCUCUCCAGGAACAUUUUACUGCACACAGGAAUUGUGGGAAUUUCAAAUGGUGUUGUUUGCCUAAAAUAAAAUCUCUGCAUCAAGGCUGAAAAUGAGUGUUUUUGACAUGUGGAUUAUGCAGUUUCCUAAUGUUUCUGAUUAAGUCAAAUCGCUGCGUAGUUACUUGAUAUUGUUAUUGUUUUCCAACAAUAACGUCAAACCAACAUUAGUCAAAACGAAAACUGCGUUGGUGGAAUAUAAUGACAAGUAAGCAAUUUCUGACAUGUACCACAGGAGUGUGUGUGUGCGUACGUUUAAAUGUAUGUGUGUCCCUCCACCCACUCUCCGUUUGCAGCGCGUCGCCCACUCAUCAAGUGCUUCCUGUUUUCCACGCUACCCUACCAGGACAGCCAAUUAGAGCACAGCACAGGAAGCCUGCUCUGUCAGUGUAGAUGCCACUAUUGUUACCACGGACACCGCACGCUUAAUUGUGGCAUCACCGGCCCACCUAUCACACUGUGCUACCUAGUGUGCGUGGGUAGCAGGGGCCCUGGCUGGCCCGGUUUAGGGAUGAACUGUGAGAAAAGAACAUCAGUUAACUUAUGAGAUCUCUUAAGGAGGAUGUCAUGACUAGAAUGAGUAGGGUUCUGAGUUGUUCCUGGUCAGGUCAAGUGGUCAACACAAGAAAAACUUAGUCAUUAGGGUUGGCUAAGUAUGAAUAGAUGCAGUCAGCAUAAUCCAGAGGAAGACCCUUCUGUCUCUACAAUAUCACAGUGCCUUUCCUCCAAAACAAAAACAUGUAAAAAAGCACCCUUUAACCCAUUCUACCACAGUAUCUCAGUCCCCUCCCCCUCAGAAACAAGUCUUCCUGGCUGUGUUCUCUCAGUAACAUUCCUGUCAGAUGGAGGGCCAUGGGAGGUAGUAUGGGUACUAGGGGCUGUGAACUGGUUUGUCCUCCUCCUGGUUUCAGCAUGGCUGGAGGGCAUUCUGCUUCUCCCCAUACUGCAGACAACAUGAUGGCACCCAAACCUAGCAACAUAUGCUCCCUCUCUCUGAUUCAGAGCUGGGUCAAAAUAAAACCCUGCCUGUCACAAGCACCAGAUUGGGAAAUAGGUUACUGAUUGGUACACAGCAUAGUUUUGCUGUGUGCUAUGUGCUGUUAUAAAGGUGUUCCAAUUAAGUAAAUAUUUCUAAUCUAGUUAACACAUACAUUCUGGUGAACUUGGGUGAACCACAAUGCUUUGACACGGUGGAUGUUGAUUGGGAAGUUAAUCCUGAGAUUCGGCUAUUUGUGGUGUUCCAGAAUGUGGUAAAACAACGAAUGAGUACUGCCUUCUUUGGUUUCCCAUACUGAGUGUCUCUCUCUCUCUGUCUACCGCACUCCCUCUCGCUCGCUCUCUCUCUCUCGCUCUCUCUCUCACUCGCUCUCUCUCUCGCCCUCUCUCUUACUGUCUCCAGUCCUGGUGAAGCAGGAGCAUAACAGAGAAGAGAUGGAAGGGCCCCCUGCUGUGCCCCCCAUGCCCGGUAUGUCCAUGCCCCUGGCCCAUGCUGCCAGCCUGGUCCGCAAUACCCACACCCAGCUGCCUUCCCCUGAGCAGGGCCACCCGCCGGACGGCCUUCUGUCCAGCUCUCCCCGGGGCCUGGCUGCGGGCCCCGGCCCCAGCCUCCAUACUCUGCAGCCUGCCUGCCCCCUCAUGGGCUCCCCCUCCUUCCAGCACCUGCCUCACCUCCAGGGCAGAGGCCUCCACAUGCCUGCUGACUGCCACAUGACGUUCCAUCCGGGCCCAGCUCCUCCCAACAGGCCCUCCUACCAACACCAUCCUAUGCAGCAGAGUCACAGCCAUCCCGGCCACGUAAGCAACCUAAAUCACAACCUGCCCUACAACGGCCAGUCCAGCCUGCCUAUGAACAUGAACACUGGGGCUCCGCAGGGCUAUGAGAGGAUGCCUUACCACCAGCAGCAGUCUGACCCCGGGGCCUCUCACCCCAUGGGGCUGGGUAUGGUGUACCACUCCUCCCCAUCCACCUCCGCCCAGCAGGCCUCCAGCCCCCACAGCCCCAUCCCCACUGCCCCCCACAGCCAGCCCAUGACCCACUCCUCCCACUCUGCUCCUCACCUGCUCUCCAUGGGCUACCACUGUUCCCCCAACCCCAGCCAGGUGCCCUCGCCCACCCACCCCAACCACCCCAUGGGCCAGCCCUCACCCACCCACCCUAACCAUCCAAUGCAGCCCUCCCCCCAGCUGCAGAGAGCUAUGGGGGGCUACCACCCCACCAGCCAGAGGUCUGCCUCCUGUCCCACUACCUCCAGUGCCCCUCCAGCCCACAUUGUGCCCUCGCCCCACUCCGGGCCAUCCUCCCCCCAGCUCCACUCCCUGCCCUACCAGUCACCCACCUCCCCCUCCCCCACCGGCAGCCCUCUGGGCCACCCAGCACACAGUCCCCAGGCCAGCAGCCCUGUCAUGUCCAGCCUGUCCCCAGGGGGACCGGGGCCCCUCGUGCAGCAGCACCCUCUGGCCCCCCAGCAGGGCCCCUUCCCUACGGAGGGGGAGAGCAUGAACAUCAAGCAGGAGCCGGAGGAGAGCGAGCCCACCUUCAGAUCCAUCGGCCUGCAGGACAUCACACUGGACGACGGUAAGACACGGCUAUGUCUAUGUCACCCUCUCCAUCUCUCCAUGUGUCUGUACUCUCUCUAUAUCUCAUUCUCUCUUGAUUAGGGGGAAUUUAAAAGCCCUUAAAUUUCCAUUAUUUUAAUAGCCUUUUAGGAUUUAAAAAAAGUUCCAUUACAUUACAUUGUUGCAUAGCAUCCAGCUAACACGUGUUAUACAAAACAGCUUCUGUUUUAUAACACUGUGUAAAAAGAUACUUUCCACCAGUUGCUGAAUUCUCCUGGGUGAAAUUAUGUCUCAUUAUAGUGAUUGUAUUUCAUACAUACAUCACUUAAACCGGCAGUUGGGUUUUGUACACAGUAGGGUUGUUAUUGAAUGGUCCUGACUGAGUACAGGAGGAUUGGACAUCAUAGCAGCACAAUAGACUAAUGACUCUUCACACUAAAGGCCUCAUCACAAAUAGCUCAUCCCCAUCUGACACACACACACACACACACCAGUAAGGAGAUUCAUUACACUUUGGGUUCAGCUCAUUUGUACUGACUGGAUGUUGCAACAGUGGGAAUACUAGGAAAAUAGUUUUAUACCACAGAGACCACAGCCGCGUCGUUAUGCUGCUGCAAUUACUGUGUGUGUAUGCGGGUGUGUGGGUCCUUUCCAUUCUUAAUUUGGAUGCUGAAGAGGACUAAUGUACCUCUAUUUACGGUGGUAUAACAAACUGACUUGAGAAUGAUGAGUCUAACUCAUUAAAAUUCGUAAUUGAGUGCCUCUUCACCUCAAGAACACUACAAAUCCUAACUCAGCACAAACCGUCAGAGAAACCACCAUUCCUCAUUUAGUUUCUAAUCUGCCACGCACAGCCACUUCUGCUUCUCUGAACCCUGGUCCCGGUCAGUCACAUAUUCAAAUCAACAGCAGUCAAAUGGCCCAUAGUUAAUAAACAGCCUGAAGAGACUGCGACAUAAAGUGUGUGUGUGUGUGUGUGUGUAUGCAUCAGCAAGUGCUGUAUUGUGUGCUAGCAAGGGCCAGGCUAAUUAACACGGCCCAUUAUCAAUAAGUCAUGUAUGAAAGGCCAUCAGACAAAAGUUAACCAGCUGCAUAAUACACUGCAUGUGUAUUCAUACACACACUCAUACACUCAGACUUAGUCGCACAGUUGUGUGUACGCACGCAUAAUCAUAAUCAGUAUAUCCUUAAUUAUUCGCUCUCUAUUUCUCUCUCUCUCUCACACUCACACACACACACACACAUUGUUAAAGUAAAGGUCUGGCUGCCUCAGUCAGUUUCCCUCAGACGGUGUAGCUACAGGUAACUGCCAAAAUAAAGGAAACCCCAACAUUAAGUGUCUUAAUACGUAGGGCGUUGGGCCACCACGAGCCAGAACAGCUUCAAUGCACCUUGGCAUAGAUUCUACACGUGUCUGGAACUCUAUUGGAGGGAUGCGACACCAUUCUUACAUGAGAAAUUUCAUCAUUUGGUGUUUUAUUGAUGGUGGUGGAAAACCCUGUCUUAGGCGCCGCUCCAGAAUCUCUCAUAAGUGUUCAAUUAGGUUGAGAUCUGGUGACUGAGAUGGCCAUGGCAUAUCGUGAAACAUCAGCAAGUUGAGCAGUCUUCGUCACUGAAGCUCCUGCUAAACAUGCCCCAACAUUCACCCCCCAAACUCACUGAGAUCUAUUCUAGCCAUGGUAGCCAAAAUAAUGGGGCAACUGGGCCUGCCCAGCAUUUUUAUACAUGACCCUAAGCAUGAUGAUGGGAUGUUAAUUCCACACCAGUGGAAGAAGAAGAAGUGUGAGAAAAGUUAUUGACUGAAAAGACUGACAUGGUUCACCCUGGGAUUAGUAACUCCCUGUCUGAAUGAGGCCUAGAAAUAGCUUCUGUGCCAUGCAGGCUCUGUAGGGCAUCCACACACACACACACACACACAUACACACACAUACACACACACACACACACACACACACACACACACAUACACACAAAACACACGCGCACACUGGCGCUGUAGGACAUCAUGAAGCAGUGAAUGACUGAGCAGCACAGUGCAGCAAAGGAACGGCUGAGUUUUUAGGCGGUCAGAGCAGCACAUGAAAUAUACCACAGAGCAGAGGGUUCAUGUGUAUUUGAGUAUUUGUUAUUUAAAUACCUUUUUUCUGUGUAUUUGACUAUUUUCAAAUAAUGUGGCCUGAAUUAACUACUUCUAUUGGAAGUAUUUUAAAGUAUUUUCGGUAACACUUUAUUUGGAUAGUCCAUCUGUAGUUGCUCUACUGACUAUCAGUAACAUUUCAACUAACUAUGUACUAACCCUAGCUCUAACCGUAACCUUAACCCUUACCCUAACCUUAACUCUUACCUUAACCCUUACCAUAACCCUUAUUCUAAACCUAACCAUAACCUUAGCAAGCAGUUGCUUAUCAACCGAUAGUUUGUUGAUAGUAUGACUAUCUGUAGAGCAUCUACAGAGGGAAAAUCCGGACUAUCCAAAUAAAGUGGGACCGUAUUUUAAAAUAAAUGGAUUAAAUGCAUGGGAGUGUAUUUGAGUCAGUGUAUUUUAGUAUUUUAAAAUACUUUCCAAGUGUAUUUCCAAAUACAUUCCAAUAUUCAACUACUUGAAAUAGUAUUUGAACCCUGGUCUACUAGACUACAGCUCAGCACAGAUGUCUGGAAUGCUAAUUUACAUAGCAUAAUUAUACCACCACUAUUAAUUCUGCAUGAACUUUACAAUCUGCAUGACUGUCUGUGAGUGUGAAUACUCUGUCGGUUGGGUUGUUUAUCUGUGUGUGUGUGUCUUUCUGUUAAUGUCUGUAUGUAUGUUCUAGUAGUCUAACUAAGAGCAGGGUCAGUCAGUGCUGAUAUGUACAUUUUAAUAUGAUAAGUCAUUCCCUGGUAGGAUUUCAGUAUACUGUAGUAUCACAAGGGGCGCAACUUCCACUGGGGACGGGGGGGGGGGGGACGGGGUGCCACAUUCUGAAAUUGUUUUAUCAUUGGAAUGUGAUACAAAACGAGGCAACGGUGUGCUUUAGGACCGUGCGGACGCCUCCGAGCGGUCGGGUAGGCUGUUUGGAGUGUUUAUCCUACUAUUAUUAUUGUGUGUAUAUAUAUAUAAAUAUAUACACACACACACAGUGGGGAGAACAAGUAUUUGAUACACUGCCGAUUUUGCAGGUUUUCCUACUUACAAAGCAUGUAGAGGUCUCUUUAUCAUAGGUACACUUCAACUGUGAGAGACGGAAUCUAAAACAAAAAUCCAGAAAAUCACAUUGUAUGAUUUUAAAGUAAUUAAUUCGGAUUUUAUUGCAUGACAUAAGUAUUUGAUCACCUACCAACCAGUAAGAAUUCCGGCUCUCACAGACCUGUUAGUUUUUCUUUAAGAAGCCCUCCUGUUCUCCACUCAUUACCUGUAUUAACUGCACCUGUUUGAACUCGUUACCUGUUUAAAAGACCACACGACCUGUCCACACACUCAAUCAAACAGACUCCAACCUCUCCACAAUGGCCAAGACCAGAGAGCUGUGUAAGGACAUCAGGGAUAAAAUUGUAGACCUGCACAAGGCUGGGAUGGGCUACAGGACAAUAGGCAAGUAGCUUGGUGAGAAGGCAACAACUGUUGGCGCAAUUAUUAGAAAAUGGAAGAAGUUCAAGAUGACGGUCAAUCACCCUCGGUCUGGGGCUCCAUGCAAGAUCUCACCUCGUGGGGCAUCAAUGAUCAUGAGGAAGGUGAGGGAUCAGCCCAGAACUACACGGCAGGACCUGGUCAAUGACCUGAAGAGAGCUGGGACCACAGUCUCAAAGAAAACCAUUAGUAACACACUACGCCGUCAUGGAUUCAAAUCCUGCAGCGCACGCAAGGUCCCCCUGCUCAAGCCAGCGCAUGUCCAGGCCCGUCUGAAGUUUGCUAAUGACCAUCUGGAUGAUCCAGAGGAGGAAUGGGAGAAGGUCAUGUGGUCUGAUGAGACAAAAAUAUAGCUUUUUUAGUCUAAACUCCACUCGCCGUGUUUGGAGGAAGAAGAAGGAUGAGUACAACCCCAAGAACACCAUCCCAACCGUGAAGCAUGGAGGUGGAAACAUCAUUCUUUGGGGAUGCAAUGGGGACAGGACGACUGCACCGUAUUGAGGGGAGGAUGGAUGGGGCCAUGUAUCGCGAGAUCUUGGCCAACAACCUCCUUCCCUCAGUAAGAGCAUUGAAGAUGGGUCGUGGCUGGGUCUUCCAGCAUGACAACGACCCGAAACACACAGCCAGGGCAACUAAGGAGUGGCUCCGUAAGAAGCAUCUCAAGGUCCUGGAGUGGCCUAGCCAGUCUCCAGACCUGAACCCAAUAGAUCAUCUUUGGAGGGAGCUGAAAGUCCGUAUUGCCCAGCGACAGCCCCGAAACCUGAAGGAUCUGGAGAAGGUCUGUAUGGAGGAGUGGGCCAAAAUCCCUGCUGCAGUGUGUGCAAACCUGGUCAAGACCUACAGGAAACGUAUGAUCUCUGUAAUUGCAAACAAAGGUUUCUGUACCAAAUAUUAAGUUCUGCUUUUCUGAUGUAUCAAAUACUUAUGUCAUGCAAUAAAAUGCAAAUGAAUUACUUAAAAAUCAUACAAUGUGAUUUUCUGGAUUUUUGUUUUAGAUUCCGUCUCUCACAGUUGAAGUGUACCUAUGAUAAAAAAUUACAGACCUCUACAUGCUUUGUAAGUAGGAAAACCUGCAAAAUCGGCAGUGUAUCAAAUACUUGUUCUCCCCACUGUAUAUAUAUAUAUAUUAUGUCCCACCCACUUCUAAAACCAAAGUUGCGCCCCUGAGUAUCACUGUAGUAUCGCCUGCAUAAACUCUGUGUGUGUACCACCACGUCACUGUUUAAACUGCUGUGGUGAUCUAACAGAUGGCCUUGGUGACGUAUGCCAGCGUAUGGGCCAUGCAGUAGUGUGUGUGUGUGUGUGUGUGUGUGUGUGUGUGUGUGCAGUAGGUCUACUCUGUGUGUGUGUGUGGGGUCAGGAGCGGCACAGAUUUACUGACAGAUGGACAGACGAGUUGAGAAUCCCACCCAACUGGCAGUAUGCACCCAAAAAUGCUUCCCCACUUCUCAUAAACUCCUCCUAGCCGAAUUCUCAUCUCUAAUAAACAAGUUUCUAUCUAAGAAUAUGCAUUUAGCAGUAAGAGGCAGGAGGAGGCCGUUUUUCUGCUAGAACUAGCACCUGAAAGGAAACUGCUGUGUACAGGACCUCUGCUUCUUUAUUGGUAGGUACAGUUGUCUAGAUUUGGUUUAGUGUCCAUAUUUAGUGUCCAUAUAUUUCCAGUCUUCCUGAACAGUGUUAAUGUGAGUGCACUAUUAACAGGUACAGUAACUGUACAGUAGUGUGUAUAGCGUGCUGUAGGUGUGUGCCUCCUUGCUCUCUCCCUCCCUGUCUUCUGUGAGCGUGAGUGAACCCUCCUGUGAGGGUGAUUACGGCCGUCAUGGUGACAGACUGAACCACUUGUGGUGCCGACCCGCGUGUUUAUCUAAUUAAUCAGCUGACUCUGGCCCUGUGUUUGCACAGACAACACAUACACACACAUACAUACACACACAGUGCAGACGGGUGGGGGUGGGGGUGGGGGGGCUAGCGGAGGCUGUGUGUGUGACACGGCGUGCCUGCGUCUUUUGUUUGCUCUCCUGCUCGGGCCACAGCUGCCUCUCGCCGUGAGCACGGCAUUCUGGGUUAAUAAUAGGCCGGGCCUGCUGCUCCCGCUCUCCUUGUGAGAGACAACGACACAGAGCAGGCACACACACUCACUCACACACACUUAAUUCUACCGCCGUCAUAGUGUACACACACACACGCGCAUGGAGACACAGGCACAUCGUACACACAGUAACCAGCACACAGUAAAUGCACCCAUCAAAAACAGCCAUUUUCACAUCAGUACUAUGAGUAUGGAGCAACACAUUGUAAACACUGUGCACACAGUAGUUAAACACAUACUUUAGACAGUUUUCCCAGGCACAACUCUAUAUACAAAUACACAAGAUCAAUGGCACUUACAGAGCAUGUGCACAGUCUCUAUUGACAUAGCAUAGCCAACACACAGACAUAAACACACACGUCUACAUUUAAAACAUGGGCUAAUCUGGGUCUGUUACUAAGGCUGCUGAAACAUCGUUGUCACCAGACUCCAUUCCCCUCCAUGAGGUAGGCCCUGUCCAUCUCUACUACUAGAGACCCAGGGAUCCAACCCCCAUUUCUAUAGACAAUGUGUAGUCUGCAGGUUGCACUACCACUAGACGGAAGUCACAGAACCCUGGCACCAUGGUGCUGGUCAGUUUUGGUCAAGCAGGCCUCAGUCUCUGA